GGUAGUUUUGGACAAACAAAUCUCAAGCAAUGGCUUCUCAGUCUCGUGUGCUGCCUGUCUUGGUGGUUGCGGCCUGCUGUGCGGCCCUGCUGCGCAGCUUCUUGGCCCCCAGCGCAGACACCUUUGUGGCACCUCAGCAGAGUGUGCACUUGGGCUGCAAGGCCUUGUCCAAAGGCGCAUUGGCAGCAGGCGAUGUGCCAGCCAUCGUGAACACUGUGCCCGCUUGUCCCGGAGUGCCAGCCCACUUCAAGGUGACCCUCGAGACCCCUGAUGGCACGCAGUCCUUCGAGUGCCCUGAGGACGUGUACAUCCUGGAUCAGGCUGAGGAGGAAGGCUUGGAAUUGCCCUACUCCUGCCGUGCUGGAUCUUGCUCCAGCUGCGCUGGCAAGGUGCUUGAGGGCAGCAUUGACCAGAGCGACCAGGCGUUCUUGGAUGACGACCAGAUGGGCGAGGGAUUCUGCCUCACCUGCGUCACCUAUGCCACCUCUGAUGUGACCAUCAAGACCCACUGUGAGGAUGAGCUUUGAAGUGGCAGCUUCGCGGUAUAGAUUUCUCUUAAGCUACCUAGAUUUUCGGUGAAUUUUCAGUUUUUGGCUGUGCAAUUCUGGCCUCAAGCCAAGUGCCUACAUUGCAGUUUGACAGCCAAUCAAACCCUGCAGCCUCUGCUAACGCUUCUAAGUGUCGCAUGCUUG